AUGGGAGAAGGAGCCCUCAGCGAUAUCAUAAACCCUUCUGCAAAAUUUUUGAAGCGCGAUUGGGAUUGCUCCGACCAGGCGCUCGGAUCAGGCCCAGUGCCUUCCUCAGAUUCCCCAGAGGCAUUCCUGGCUUUCUCUGAGCUUUCAGAUGCCGCCAAUAGUGCGAAAACUCCAGAAGGAUAUAUGAACGUGUUCCAGAACAAAAAGGCGUCCUCUCAGACAUCAUCCUACAUGGGAUACUUUUCUCUAUCCACUUACGAUACUGAAGCUUGCGCUGCCAAGUGCUCGACUACCACAGGAUGUCUUUCCUUCAACAUCUUAUUCGAGCGUGAUCCGCAGAAGGUUCCUGCCACAGCGUGCCCUAAUCCUGCAUCAACUACUGUUAUCAAGUGUGUUUUGUGGGGCACUGUCCUUUCCCCGGAAACUGCUACCAACGAUGGUCAGUGGCGUAACGACUUUCAUGUCGUAAUUGCUGGCUCCAACGGCUAUGUUCGUAAUCCUUCAGUCCCUAAGUCAGUCCCCGGGUACACUGGUACCUUCGUUGGCACCAAGGCGGUCAACGCACCUUCAGACUGUAAUGGUCGCAACACAUACAUUACCUAUAAGGAAUUCAGCGAUGGUGCUCCUUUUGAUCCAUCCCGCUGCGCUACCGCUUGCGAGGCCGAAACCCAGUUCAAUAUCGACCAUUUCAAUUCCAGGAGUAUCUGCCGAUUUUUCAACACGUACAUCCUCAUGAAGAAUGGAGUGCCGCAAGCUCAGAUAUGCUCAAUGUACAACACUACUUGGGCAAACACGCCGGAUAUCAUCUCUAACGAGGGACAAUGGCGUGGCGACGAUCACUACAGGAUAGCCUAUUCAGAGAUCUACUCGAAUGAUGCCGAUCCCGGCAAGCCCAUUUGC